GCGGCUGGCUAACUUUGCCUUUACCGCCCCGGUGUGGUAGUUUGCUAGUUAGUGUGGUUGUGUGUGUGGACAGGUAGUUAACGGCAGUGACUGGAAUGAGUGUUUUCUGAUGUGUGUUUUACGGAGGAAAAGAGGUGAAUGUAACAUUUGAAUAGUGCGGGGCGUUGCUGGGAUAGUCUCGCCGUGUUACAGUGCAACUACUGUGCUCCGUGGCUGCUUGAAGCGGGUUAUCACUCAUUAUCAGCCCUCACACUGGCUGUGUGAACCGGCUGCACCAUCAGAUCAGUGUAGACUAACUACCUUUUAAUGCACGAAGACAUUAAUCUUCACGGGGUGCAUCGCAGUAAGUCACCGCAAACUGAGUAUGAGAGGAAAACGGAUGAGCCAUUACCUUUCUAUGAAGUUUUGGUGGGGGUGCUGUCAGCAAGACAUCAUUAUGAACUGCGACAGGCGAUAAGAGAGACCUGGCUGGGAUACCUCAGACACCACCCCCACUUCCAGCACAGAGUGGGGGUGAAGUUUAUCGUGGGGGAACAUGGGUGUCCUAUACCAGAGGAUGACCGAGAGGAUCCUUACUCCUGCUCCCUCCUGAACUUCACUGAGCCAGCGGCAGGCCGGGACGAGGAGAUGGAGAUUGUGACAGUGUCUGAUCCCUCGCUGCUCGCCCCCUCUGACGUGUCUGCCAUUGCCCUGGACUUCAAGGUCCUCCACCCGGUGGUGAUAACCCGGCUAGGGGUGUUUCCCAGCGGGACCCGAGCAGAGCUUCAGAGCAACGUGACGGUGAAGCUUCUCCAGCUGGACCAGGAGGAGGCUGUGGUUACUGCUCGCUUCAGCUCCAUCAGCACGGGGACCUUGGUGAACUGGAUGUGGUACAAACCAGUGGAGCAGUUCAUCCUGCCGAAGGGGUUUGAGGGGACGCUCGUCUGGGAGAGUCUCGACUCUGCCGCACUGACCACAGUCAACUCCUCCGUGCAGCUCAGUGAUGGAGGAGGCGUCCUAAAGAUCUCUUCUAUUGCAGAGGGGAUAUUGCCUCAUAGAAGUGCUCUUGGAUUUCCCGGUUUGGCUGGAGGCUUCACAUUUACUAUCUAUGAUGGAGACGGUCUGUCAGAGCUCCUGCGGGGCCGCCCAGCCAGGAUGGAGCGCCAUGCCUCCAGGCUGAGGGAGGAGGAUGCCACUUUGCAGGAGGAGAGCCUCAGGCAUGGCGACAUGGUGUUCGUAGAUGUGGUAGACACCUACAGGAACGUGCCUUCCAAACUGCUUCAGUUCUAUAAAUGGUCUGUGGGAAACGCUGACUUUAAUCUACUGCUGAAGACGGAUGAUGAUUGUUACAUCGACGUGGACUCUGUAUUAAUGAAGAUUGACCACAAGGGUCUCAAACGCAGCAAUUUCUGGUGGGGGAAUUUCAGGCAGAGCUGGGCGGUGGAUCGCAUUGGGAAGUGGCAGGAGCUGGAGUACGCGAGUCCAGCCUACCCGGCAUUUGCCUGCGGCUCUGGCUAUGUGGUCUCUCGUGACCUGGUCCAGUGGCUUGCCAACAAUGCAGAGAAACUGAAGGCCUACCAGGGAGAGGAUGUGAGCAUGGGGAUAUGGAUGGCAGCUGUUGGGCCUCAGAAAUAUCAGGAUCCCGGCUGGCUGUGCGAGAAGGAGUGCUACCUGGACAUGCUGUCGUCCCCCCAGCACACGGCCAAGGAGCUGCACGUUCUCUGGGAUAGGAAAAGAGCCUGUGGAGACCCCUGUGGAUGCCCCUGGGACCACUGAAUGUGGUUCACGCCACACUCACUACGUGACACUGUGGGUAAAAUGCACUCGACACUAGCUGUCAGGUCAUUUUCUGUAAUAUUUUUUUUUCUUAAAACACUAAACUGAGCCAUUAUCAGUUGCUAGAAUUAUUAUUAUUAUUAUUAUUAAAAAAAAACACUUAGAUUUGGAAAUGUGGGACACUCUGUAGGGAAAAUAAUGUCAAACUUUGCAGGUUCGUAAUAUUAACAACAUAAACCAUUUGCAGCUUAAAGAAAAAAAGACCUCACCUUUAGCUGUAGCAUCCUGCCGGUAUUUGUAUCAUGAAGUCGGUUAUUAAAUUUGAAAAUGUCAAAAUGUGGGAAGACUGCAGAUGAAAAGAUGCUUUAUUAAUGUAACUGUCAGGGAUGGUACAAGAACCAUGUGCAAUACCAGCGUGUGAAGGUCAUCAUGUUCAGGGUGAUUGCUGUAAGACUUUGAGUACUUUAUUCUAAUUGUUGGUACUCUGGAGACAGAGCUGAACAUUUUUUUUUUUUUUGGUUUAAUGCAGAUAUUUGAUGGCGUUUUAACGAUGAUUCCUCUGCAUUGCUAUGUUUUGUAAAUUUAUUGUCUGAAGCUUUUCAUCUUCUUUACUGUUUGUAGGUUUAUGAUGGGCUUUCUCACAGACACACACACACAGUUUGUACUGUAAUUGUUAUUGUGCAGAUAGUGAUGUGGCCUUACUGUAUUUGUUAGGCGUCUGUACGUAUGUUAACACUUGUGAUAUUGACAGAUUUUUGGGGGAACUUGACAAAGCAGUCGGAGCGACUGUGGAAAAGACUCACUCGUUUAACACGGUUUUAUGAAAGCCUCCUCAAAGGUAAUAAAGAACACUUAAGAGAGA